UGAUGUCGCUGGUGGCCCCAUGUUGCUGGAGACACGGCGAAAGCAAGAGAAGCCACGAGCUGUGCAUGCAUGCGAGCGAGAUUGAGGAUGAGAAGAUGCAGAUCAUAGUUGUGGGGAGGAAGGUAAAGUGGAACCAGCACCACUCUGUAAACAUGGCCGAACAAAUGCAGGCAGACACGAGGAAGAAGAGGCAGCUGAGCUCCUGUGAAGAUCUGCAGCUGAUGUCCAACAAGCUGAGCAACGAUGAAGAGCGCUCCAUCUCACCUUGGACAUACACGUUCAAUGUUGAUGAAGACAGAUACCCCAAAGUGCUGGCUUUUGCUGAAUGUCUUUGCAUCGGUUGUAUUAGUGCGGUCACAGGGAAGGAAAUGACCAGCCUUAACUCACUGCUGCUGACACAGAGAAUCAUGGUCCUGCGUCGGAGACCCUGCUCCAGCAACCCCGACCUCUCGGCAUUUUAUGUGGACUACAUCAACGUGCCUGUAGGCUGCACAUGUGUUCGACCCCGCACAUACCACUUCUGA